AUGGAGAAAUUUCGACCCCCAGAUCCACUCAUAUUCGAAGGAAAUUUAUCAGAUUUAUGGGAUAGAUGGAAACAACAAUUCGAGCUUUAUCUGGUAGCUACAGAAUCACACGAGAAAACAGAAGAUAUCAAGACGUCAAUUUUCCUAACAUGUAUCGGGAAGCACGGCAUAGAGAUCUACAAUACAUUUACGUUCUCUGACGAGGCAGACAAAUUGAAAUUGAAACCAGUAUUGGAGAAGUUUGAAGCAUAUUACAAGCCGAGAAAAAAUAUCACUCUACUUCGACACAAUUUCCUUACGCACAAGCAACAUGAUGGGGUGACAUUUGAUGCCUUUGUCACCGAGCUAAAAAGACGAAGUGCACAAUGUGAAUUUGGCGACCUUAGAGAAUCACACAUCAGAGACAUGAUAGUAAUCGGGGUCUCAGACAACCCGCUUAGAGAGCGACUGUUAAGGACGGAGACUCUGACUCUAGAAAACGCAAUAAAAAUUGGUCAGGCAUCAGAAGCAACAAAGCAACAAGCAAUGACAUUAAGCAGACCACACACCGGAAACCAGAACAAUGUCAACGAACUACGCACGAAAUCUAACAAUACAAGGCGCCCACGACAACAAAGCGCAUAUACUUCAGCAUCUUCGCAAGCUCGCAGCAAUUGUAAAUACUGUGGCGAAAUUCACCAACGAGGAAAAUGUCCUGCAUAUGGGAAAACAUGCUCGAAGUGUCAUAAAUUGAAUCACUUUGCCUCUGUUUGCUUAUCUACGUCCCGCAGCGUACAUUAUACCACGGAAGGUCAUGAAGGUCACGAUUACGAGAUCGCAAGCGAUGCCAAUAACAUUUUCAUAGGAACUCUCUCAACGGAAGUGACAGACAACUCCGUCAAUACGGCUAAUAUUACGCAAGAUGGAAAUCGUGACUGGAUUAUCUCUCUGCGAUCUAAUGAAAGUGUCACGCGGUUCAAAAUUGACACUGGAGCUCAGGCUAACGUCAUACCAAUGGGAACAAUUGAGAAACUAGCAACUAGACCGCAUAUUGAGAAAACUAAUACAACGUUGACAGCAUAUAACGGAAUGAAUAUUCCAGUGGUUGGAAAAUGCACGCUAAACAUUCAACAUAACAAUCAAACCCACGCAAUACCGUUUGUUGUUGCAAACACUACUUCACUGCCACUAAUUGGGUUACAAACCAGCAUCGACCUCAAUCUUAUAAAGCGAGUUUGGACCGUAAAUGCUAAAACACCAAACUUCAUACAAGAGUACAAAGAUGUUUUUGGAGAACUUGGAUGCCUAAAGGGUGAACAUCACAUUAGCAUUGACCCCAAUGUAACGCCAGUAGUUCAUCCACCUCGAAAGAUUCCAAUAUCACUUAUGGAACGUCUCAAAGCUGAGUUAAAACGCAUGUGCAAGCUUGAUGUCAUAGAGAAAGUUGACGAACCAACCGAUUGGGUCAGCUCCAUGGUAGUUGUAGAAAAGGACAAUGGCCAGUUACGUAUCUGUCUUGAUCCUAAAGAUUUGAACACUGCCAUAAAACGUCAUCAUUAUCCUAUGCCUACAGUGGACGAAGUCCUAUCCAAACUGGGCGGUGCCACCAUAUUUACAAAGCUUGACGCAUCCAGCGGUUACUGGCAAGUUAAAGUCGACGAAGCCAGCUCGAAACUACUUGCAUUUAACACGCCAUUUGGACGAUAUUGUUUUAAGCGCCUAGCAUUCGGGAUUCACAGUGCCGUUGAAGUGUUUCAGAAGAAAGUUGCUGAAAUCAUUGAUGGUAUACCGAAUGCGGCAAACGACCAAGAUGACAUCAUAGUCUUUGGUAGGAACAAAGAGCAGCACGACAAAGCACUAAAGGACAUACUUGACAGAGUAAGAAAGUCUGGACUUAAACUGAAUGAAAAGAAAUGUCGCUUCGGGUUUCCGAGACAACCUUCUUAG